UCCCUCCCUCCCUCUCUCUCUCUGCCUGGAGUCUGGGACGCGCAUGUGCUGGAGACCUGAGGCUGGAAAGAGCCCGGAGUGAGGCAGGUGAGGAGCGGCAGUGAAGUCAGUCCCAGAAAUGGAAAAAGUAGUGAACUGCAUGUACAGAAAACCCGAAGCUCUGUACAGACUUGUCUGCUUUCCCUGGGCUGGAGGUGGAUCUAUGCAUUAUGCCCAGUGGGGGAAACAUUUCAGUAAUGCAGUGGAAGUUUAUUCUAUUAGACUCGCUGGGAGAGAGACCCGUGCUAAGGAGCCUUUUGCACAGAACCUUUUCCAGCUCCUUGAUGAACUCUCCAUCGCCUUGCUGCCCAAACUGAAAGAGAAACCCUUUGCAUUUUUUGGUCACAGUCUUGGAGGAAUUCUUUGUUUUGCUACAGCGCUAUACAUAAAACAAAAGUAUGGCUUGGAGCCAGUGCAUCUCUUUGUAUCUGGUGUUUCAGCACCACAUUCCAAGACACGUCGAAACAGCCAGCGGUGGUCUGAGUUGCCAGACGACGAGUUCUUGAAAUGGAUGGCCUCUAUUGGUGGUACACCGAUAGAGAUUCUUGCAAAUAAAGCAUUGGCAAACCUAUUCGUCCCAGUUUUAAAAGCAGAUCUCCGACUUUUGGAAUGCACCAGCUAUGACAAGCAAGAGGAGUUUGUCUUCUCUUGUCCCAUCACCACCUUUGAUGGAGAAGAUGAUGUACCACAUGAUCUGAAAGCCUGGAACGAUUUAACAAGCGGGGAAUUUUACAUUCAGAAACGUCCUGGUGGCCAUUUUUAUCUCCAAGAGCCAACUAAUGAAAAGUUUCUAAUAAGUUACAUUCUAAAACAUUUAGAAACUGCUGAGGUAACUUAUCUCUAAGGGCCAUGUCAGAUGGCAGAGCCACUGUUUUCAAGACAAAAGCUCAAUAACAGUCAAGUUGUUAUCAUUGAAAUGAAUGUUGGAGGCGUGCAUUUCUCCCUUUUAUUUUUUUCUCUCUCUCUGGCUACUUUAAAUCAAGUUUUUCUCCUCUUUUCGGGCCCACACUAUGCAUAAUUGCUUGACCACACAUUUGGUUGGGCAGCCAAUCUGCUCCCAACUCACUGCCAAUGCUAUGUGAAUCUAACUGCUUACACGUCGGGUUGAUCCAUCCAGUUUUGAGCUUGUUUUUUGCCUCGAUACAUUGCAUCUUCCAAAUGGACCAUUAUGAUUCGGAACUUGUAUGUGGAGAAGUGCUGGCACACACCCAUAUCCUAAAGCAUCAAUUGGGCCACCAGCAGUCAUUCCAUUAAUGUGAAAAGCACAUGUUUCAAACUUCAGAAACAGCUUUAAUGUAUAUAUCAAAUAGGCAAGUGGAUCUGUUGCCAUCUCUGGUGUUCGUAUCAUAUUUUCUAGUGAGGACUUUGCAUGCAUUUGCAUGAAAAUCAAACAAAUCCAAAAGAAUUGCACUUUUCAGUCUAGUUGAAAAAUUUACUUUUUUCGGCCGAAAAUGUACCUUUUUUUAUUGAACGAUGUGCUCUUUUUUAUUUAGAAUUUAUGAAGAUGCUUCACUGCUAUUAAUUUGUUUUAUUUCCCUUUACCGCCUGUAAAAUGUUGAAAUGUGGCUUACUGGAAAUAGAAGCAUCUUUUAAAUGUCUUGUUCACAGAAAGGGUGGACAAUGAAUUAUCUUGCUAGGUUUUUUAAAUAUUUGUUGGUUAAGUUUAGAUGGAAACAUUAAUUUUAUCCAAAUACAUUUUCAAACAAUUGUAUAGCUUUUACAUGUAACAUUUUAAAGGAUUUCAGUUCUUUAAACAUGAAUAUGUUUGCCAAAAUUAUAGUACAUUUGCCAAAGGUGCGUUGGCCUUCGUGCGCAGGAUCUAAUAUGCAAUUGCAAUUAAGCACUUGCAUUUAAUCUGUCUCAACGGGUGUGUAAAUAUUGUAGAUGGUUUUCAGUUUCCAUAUUUCAUCCCCUGCUGUUUUCGCAAUAUAAGCACGUGCUAUCUUUUUCGCAAUACAAGCAUGUGCUAUCUUCUUUUGCAAUGGUUGCAGGGAAAGUAGGAACCUCCAUGUGUCAAAAACCACAAUCUACUUUUAUAUAACGCCUUUUGCAUUGGGAAGAUAUCUCAAAAGCAGUGGAAGCGAGCGAGGGUAGGGGCUGCAGGAGUCCGGUGAGAAGAACGGUGUAAUAAGUGUUGGAAUAACCAAGCCUGGACAUCAUGAAAGCAUGGAUGAGAUUCUUGGCAGCUAUGGUUUUGAUUUAUCUUAAAUUUUGUCACUUAUACAGCAAUAGACCAUUGCUAUUAAAAGAUAUCAUUCCACUCAAUGCACCGAUGGAAGGGAUAUCCGGCCCAGUGAGCUAGAAUUGUAAUUAUUUGAAUCCCACGAGCAGAGGAUGAAAAAAAACUGCCUUCUGCUGGUCAGAUUCAAACUGAGCCAAAGUCGAUAUCACUGGCCACUGAAAGCCGGCAGGUGAAGUUGAGGUGUGCGAAAGAGUGGGCUGAAAGGAAUCUACAUGCAGCCCACAGAAUUUUCUUUUUGAAAAAUCCCAGGGUUUUAAUGCAUUUUGGGUUUGAAGUGAGUUAAGAUCCAGUGCAAGGAUUAUCAUCACCUUUGGAAUUUUUCUGUGCCUCCAAAAAAAAAUUUCAGCAUGGGAAAUGCAUAAAUAAAUAAAAAUGUCUGCAAGGAAAAUGUGUAUGUAAGUGUGAACUAAUGUGCAGCAUGAAUUCUCUGAUGUUGGGUGGCGAAUAUCUAUGCAAAUUAUUAAAAAUAAAAGGUAUGUUUACAAAAAAAA